GGCGCGGGAGUUGUUUGCCGGAGCGGAGACCGGGAGACGCUGGCGGGGACGCCGGCCAGCUCCCGCUGCCCCCGGCUGGGCGGCCCGGAGGGAGCGCGUCCCAGGUCCCGCCCGCGCCGGCGGUCCGAGCGCGCCAUGGACCGCAAGGCGGGCGGCGGCGGCGAGGAGGAGGAGGAUGACUGCGUGGACUCGGGCGCCGAGACCGGAGGGUCCGACUACAGCCACAUGUCCUCCACGAGCAGUGAGCUUUCUGUGGAGGAGGCGCAGGACCCUUUCCUGGUGAGCAUCCACAUAAUCGCAGACCCGGGGGAAUCCCGGCCCUUGCAGGAGGCCAUCGACAAGGUCUUGGCCUGGAUCCACCCCGACCUGCAGCUGUUCCGGGUCUCCGAACGCAGGGCGGCCCGGCGCCGGCGGAGGGCCCCGCGGGGGACGCAGCCCGCGCUGGCCGUGCUUCUGUUCCUGCAGGAGGACUUCGGCGAAGAGCGCAUCCUGCGGCUGCACCGCGCGCUGCGGCGGCCGCCCUGGCGCCACCACCACACGGAGCGCGUGCCCGGCAGGCUCCUGCCCUACCUGCCGGGCAGCCAGGACUUCUUCACGCUGGCGCCCGGGACGCCGCUGUGGGCCGUCCGGCCCGUGCACUACGGCCGCGAGAUCGUGCGCUUCACCGUCUACUGCCGCCACGACCACUACGCCGACAGCCUCAAGUUCUACGAGCUGGUCCUCCGGCGCAGCCCCAGCCAGCGGAAGAAGGACUUCUGCAUCUUCCCCAUCUUCUCCAACCUGGAGGUGGACAUCCAGUUCUCGCUCAAGAGGCUGCCCGGCGACCAGAGCCCGGCCCCCACGGACUGCGCCGUGCUGGAGUUCCGCGUCAGGGACCUGGGCGAGCUGGUGCCCCUGCUGCCCCACCCCUGCAGCCCCAUCAGUGAGGGCCGCUGGCAGACGGAGGACCACGACGGGAACAGGAUCCUCCUGCAGGCGCAGAGGGCGCACAGGAAGUGCCCUACGCCCAGCGGAGCCCGCCACCCCUCGGAGCGGGAGCCUGCCUGCGCGCCUUCCCCGAGCUCCUCCACACCGAGCCGGCCCCCUGGCGGCGGCCGGCGGCCCCUCCCGGACAGCCCCCGCCUGGGGCCCAGCCAGCCGGUUCUGCCCGCGCCGCACCAGCAGGAACUGGCCGGACGGGCCGGCAGCGCCCCCGGCAAGUCCGUGUUUCAGAGGAGCAAGUCCUUGUUCUGCUUGCCCACAGAGGACCCCUCCCCAGCCCGCGCGGACGUCCCGCGGAGUCGGUCGGGCACGGGUGUCCCAGGGCACUGGGCGCCGGAGUGGAGACACGGCCACCUCCUCUCCAUCGACGACUUAGAGGGGUCCCAGGAGACGGACGUGGACACGGGCCUGCAGCUGUCUUCCUCGGACCUGUCCGUGGUCUCCGCCUACUCUGCACCCAGCCGGUUCUGCGGCGCCUGGGAAACGCCCGCCCCCUCCGAGGGAGGCGGCAGCGGCCACUGCUCGGCGGAGCACAAAGGUGCCAGAGCAGGACCAAUGCCCACUGGGAGUGGGGUGACCACGGAGACGCCCUGGGCGUCCCUCCCUCUCUUCACCAAAGGGCCUUCGCACUCCCUGGCGACAGGGGUUGCUGCUCCCCCAGCUUCUGGCGCCCCCUCACUCACAGGGUCGGCCUCAGAGCGCCCUGGAGGUGUUGGCAACACCCAGCGGACUGGCAGAGACGUCGCUCCGCCCCCAGCACUGGCUGGCCCCGGGGACAGCGACACGGAGGAAUUCUACAUCUGAACACCCUCUACUCUGGCUCUUUCCCAGACACACAGCUCGGCUUCCCCAGGUCUGUCUGGAGCCUAAUUCUCUGAUUCAUCGGGUCGUUAGCACCCCUGCCAUG